AGACGAGAGCGGCCCAGCCGAGCCUGAGAUUGCAUAACAAGGGUCGUGACCCGCCGCCGCCCAUUGUUCCCCUUUCCAACUCCACCCACAAAUCCACAUCUUGUUCCUCAUCCAUCUCCAAUUGAUCUGGCCGGCGUCGUCAAGAUCCAUCCGAGAAAAUCCAAUCCGUUCCAAUCCAGACAAAGCUAGCUAGGAUGGAUCCAUACCAUGCUCCUAUGGCGGGGAUUUCGUUAGGUUCGCUGGUUCCGCCGGACGUCGACGUCGGCGCCGCCGCCGACCUCCCCCAGAGCUGCAUUCUUGACAGCAAGCCUUUCUUCGGCGAGAGGAUAAACGACACCACGGCCACCUACAGCACCACCGACCCGGACGACGAACAGCGCCCCAUGGUCAUCCAGAUCACCUUGUUCGUCGCCCGCCCGCCUCGCGUCUCCUACGUGCUUGCCUGGGCCACCGGCACCCGCUUCACCGAGGAGCCUCUCGUCCUCUCCACCCACGGCGGCUUCGUCCUUCUCUCCAUGGCCGUACGCUUCAAGAAAUGGCCGUUCUCCGAAUACUACAUCUACCAUACCGACCGAGAUCACGGCGGUGAUGGCCGUCCGGAGCUCUAUCAGAUCCAGCAACCCAACAGCAUGCGCUUGGUCAACGAAUGCUGUGCGGUGGGCCUCGUUUCUCAUGGCGGAGGCUACCACGUCGCUGCACUAGCCAUUCAGGAGAAUGGAGAGUUCCUGCUCUACAUCUUCAGCUCCGAGACGCGAGCCUGGACCAUCAAGAAACCAGUCUUGUCACUGGCAGAUGGAGCCACUGACCUUGGCGACUACAUGCCGGACAAGGCGAUCGCGUCGGUGAUGGCGGUGUCAUGGCGUUCGUCGACUUGUGGAAUGGCAUCCUCUUCUGCAACGUCCUUGACAGUGGUGAACACGCUGAGCUGUGCUAUCUACGUCUGCCAUCUGCAGAGCUCUGCCGGCCAGACAUGAACUACCGGUUGCAACCUCCUCGAGACAUCGCCUUCGACAUGUCCAGCGACACAAUUCGCAUCAGGUUCGUUGAGGUGGUUUGUCCCUCCUUCUCUCCGGGUUGGCGCGCUUCCACCUGGACUACGACCACUACGGCUACGAGUCCUUGGCGCCAACAGGAGAAGGGCUGGCAGCAGGGCUUCGUGCUCUAUGAUCAUGAACUCUUGGUGGCCGAUGGUGUCAGCACUGACGGGCUGCUGCCUGAGGUUUCGGAAUUGGCCGAGACGAAACUUGCUAACCUCUUAGUGGAUAUGCCCAUGUUGAGCUUACACGAAAACAACAUCAUCUGUUUGUUGGCCAAACACCAUAUGGCGGACAGUGAAGUUUGGUCGAUUGCUGUCGACAUGGAGAUGAAGAAGCUGAAAGGAGUCAAUCUUCUUCAGGUCGGAAGAUGCACAACACUAUUCUACAGCACCAUCUCCAGCCAUCUCAAUAUGACAGCUGCAGCUUCAGUGCUAGAUACAUCCGUUUGAGCGUCAAGUAAUUCCGGACGGAGGGAGUACACCUGCAAUGCACAAACCAAGAUAAUUAGGUGAAAAGGAAUGCCCAAAGAGGCCAGGAACCCAGCUAGAGUCAUAUCCUCACAAGAAGCAGCAGCAGCAGCUAUCCAUGAUGUCAUCCGCGGUUGGUGAACAGGAGCAAGACGCCAUGGGAGCUCCUGAUGGGGAUGAGGAUAAUGUGUGAAACUAUGUCUGAUUAAGUUUAACAUCGAUGAAUAGCUAAGUUAAUCCGCAUUGUGUCUGUCAAAGCAUCAUAUUUUAGUAUCUAGGAUGAUGAUUGGUCAGGAAGAAGACUGUAUUAUUUGCUCUUAUUUGUACGCUAGCUGUUUUGCCUCGUUUCUGGAUAAAUCAUUUUGAUGUUGCUUUAGUCUGAACUCUUGAUGAUAUGGAUAGCAGUUUUUCGUAGUA